AUGAAUCAAUUAAGAAAUUAAAGAGGAACAACAGAAGAUGAAGUAUAUAUUGAUCCAGAAAGAGGAAUAGCUAUUAAUUCAAGAUAAAUGACAACAGAAUAACAUUUCAAAUAUUAUAAAUCGUCAUUUAGCACAUUAAGACCUGAUUUGACUGAAUUUGAAUAUGAAGCAUUUGCAAAGAGAUUAAGAAUUGGUAAAAUGAAANAUAAUAUUUUUAUUAUAGAGUCAAUAAAUCCAUUAAUGGUUAAUUUAGAAUGUGUUCCUCUUUAACAGCAUUAAGAAUGGCUAAUCUCUUUGGAACAAGUCAAAUUACUUCAAUUGAAGAUAUUGAUGGAGGUAAAAUAGACUUAAUACAUAGAAUCUGAAUUAGAUAUUCAAAUUUCUCAGCUGCUAUCAUUGUCUCUAAAAGCAGAACAACAAAUGCUACAUUGAAGAAGAUGAUUUUUAUUAUGUAUAAAAAUAAAAUAGAUCAAUAUUUAUUGAUUUAGAUUUUUUAUGA